AUGGAGAAGCACAAAGUCCUCGUGAGCUUUGUAGAAAAAGCGACGAGACAGCGCGGAGAAUCACACCUGGAGAAUCAUUUGAUGGGACUGACAUCGGAGGAGAAGCGCUUGAUGCGACUGCAACCGGAGCAACAACACCACCAGCAGCAUCACCAACAGCACCAUCACCAUCACCAGAAGCAAAAGCAGCAACAGCAACACUCAAAGAAGUGUCAGCUGAUCGGUGUCCUGACAGAGAAGAACAGUCUGGUGACUCGCACCGAGGAGACGACGAGACGGCAAAUACGACUGGAGCCCAAGCCCACGAACGCGGUCGUCGCCCUCCAGCUGCACCUCGACGACGAGAACUUGAGCGGCAAGACCGGGGCCAGCAUAGGGCCCGUGAAGCAGAGGAUACCGCGACCGGCCAACGCCUUCAUGCUCUUUGCCAACGAGUGGCGCAAGAAGCUCGCCGUCGAGAAUCCACGGGAGUCCAACAAGGACAUUAGCGUUAGGCUAGGACUUCUAUGGAAGAAUAUGUCAAAAGACGUUAAAGAAAAAUACUUCGCACUAGCACGCGAAGUAGACGCCGAACACAAGAGAAAGUAUCCAGAUUACGUGUACAAUCCGAAGGAGGCGCGUCUACGUAAGGCUAUGCGCGAGCAAAGUCGCGAGCUCUCGCGCUCCUCCGCCCAGACGUCCGCACUUCUCGGUUCCGAGGCCCGGAUGGUUCAGCAGCAGCAGCAUCAGCAUCAGCAUCAGCAUCAGCAUCAGCAUCAGCAUCAGCAUCAGCAUCGUCAGCAUCAGCAUCAGCAUCAACAUCAGCAGCAGGAUCAACAGCAACAACAGCAGCAACAGCAGCACGAUCAACAGUCGUCGCCGGUAUCCCCGGAUGGCGGCAAUCGCAUCAUCGGCCCGUGGUUCCCACUCGGACACGCCGCUCACCCCAAGCCCAUUCUCUCGCCCAGGGUAAUGGCCGCCCAUCAGCGCACCCUGGACAAGACGAAGGACGUGAUAAGAAAGCAGCUGGAGUGCGGCGUCGCGAGUUUCUCCGCUUCCGGCUACCCUGGUGACUACCAGCAGGAGGGCCCGGACUACUGCGACUUCGUCGAGGGACAAAAGUGGCACCCUUAUCAGAAUGGAGCAAACGCUUAUCACUCGCGGGGCGCAUUGAUGUCGAAAAUGAAUAGCUUGUACAGAGGCAUGCAAAGCGCAGUGCCCCACGCGACCUCGGCCUGGGGACAAUUCUGCAGCCUGCCCUUUUCCACGAGCCAAAGCGCUAUGAUGCGCAACAACAGGCACAUGGUCUUCCUACAGGAGCAGCAGAGUCAACACUGCGGCUAUCAAGAUGAGAUUCAAAUGUCCUACGAGGCCAAAAUACAGGACGACCUCGCUCGUCGCCUGCAUUCCGCCUAUGCUCAGGAGAGUCAGCAGCUCAAGAGUCCGGGGCUGCAGAUGGCUCAGUUGCCGCUCGAGGAGCCGAAGGAGGGUCCAAGAUGGUCCAGCAGUCCGCGACCCUCCUCGGUCUCGAGCUCCUCCUGCACGACCGACGGCCCCCAAGAGCUCCAGCACCAACACCAACGAUCCCAACGUCAGCAGCCUCUCCCGGGCUUCCAACAGGCCUUCGGCUCCACCGAGAUCGGCAGGUUCUCCCGCUCGGAGCUCUUCGCCAGCCUCGUCGAGGCCGCCAACUUAAUCCCAUCCGAAGGCUUCCUAAAAUCCUGUACCACCACUUUUCCACCCACCACAUCCGUCGAUCCCAUGAACAAUGUACCGAGAGCGGAGCUGAGGAAACAAUUAAAAAUGGAAGAUUGUUAUUGGAUCAACUGGAUCGAGACUUCGGACGCUCCAGAAUCUAGGCGAGAGAUAAUGGAUUGCCCUCAACGGGGAGGUCAGGAAUGGUUGGGACGGGCGCCGUUACCCCCGGCACUCGAGCACCACCGGGACUGCAAUUGCGUGCGCUUCGCCUUGCCGACGACGAGUCAGCGGGAGCCGAGGCCGGAGGAAUGCCUCGACCUGCGGGUCCCGUCCAGGCGGGAGGAGCAACUCUGCCAGGAUUACCCGGACUCCUCGAUCGACAAUGCCGUCAAACCCUAG